AUGCGCCUUUCACACGCGAGUCUCCUCGCGACGCUUGGCCUCGCAUCCGCUGCGUCCAAGCCUCCGCACUCCGCGCGCCUCUGGGCAACGCAUUACAACGGCCAUGUCUACACGCUGACACUCGAUGGCGAGCACCUCUCGCUUACCGACAAGCUCAAGACAUGCGGUAAAAUGCCUAGCUGGUUGACCUAUGACUCGGAAACGCGUGUGCUGUACUGCUCUGACGAAGACGGCACCGCCGACCCCUCAACCCACGGCUCCUUGACAGCGUACAGCACCGCGCCGAACGGCAAGCUGCAUGAGAUCGCGAGUACCAAGACGAUCGGCGGUGGUGUCAACUCCGCGAUCUAUGAGAAUGGCGAUGGAGAGAAGUAUAUCGCUAUUGCGCACUAUGAGGGCUCGGCAGUCUCAACCUACGACCUCCCUUUAAAGGAAAACGCUCCCUACAAACAAGCCUUCCGCUUCCACAUGGACCACAAAGGUGCCGUACCCCAACAAGACUCUCCCCACCCCCACGAGGUCUUCCUCGACCCAACGGGCUCCUUCCUUGUCUCUCCCGACCUAGGCGCCGAUCUACUGCGCAUCUAUUCCAUUUCCGCCGACGACGGCCACCUCCACGAAUGUCCCGCCGUGAACGUCACAUUCGGCAGUGGCCCCCGGCACGGCGUGUUCUGGACAGACGGGACAAAUGAAACCAUCCAGACCGCCGAAAACGGGCAGAUCACGCACCAGAGACAGUUUGCGGCUGUGGGUAAGACGAUGAUUUACCUCGUUAAUGAAAUCGGUGGUACGAUGAUGAGCUUUGAUGUUGCGUAUGCGCGUUCCGGCUGUCUGGACCUCCAGAAGACGCAGACACUUGUUCCGUAUACCGGGGGCAAGAUGCCCAAGGGAGCGACGCCGGCUGAGAUCAGGAUGGUUGGGGAUAUGUUUUAUGUUUCCAUUCGCAGCGAUCAGGGAUUCAAGCCGAGUGAUUCGAUGGUUACUUUGAAUCGGUCGCCUAAGAAUGGGUCUGUUAGUUUGAGGAACAAGUCUGAUGCGUAUGGAAAGGUGCCGCGGACGUUCGCAAUCAACAGGGCGGGCGAUCUGGUUGCCAUUGGGAACCAGGCGAGUGCAACUGUUAUUAUUGUGCGCAGAGAUCGGGAGACGGGGGAUCUUGGGAAUAAGGUUGCUGAGUUGCAGGUUGGGCAGCCUGGGAAAGUUGGGACGGCGGAGGGGUUGAGUAGUGUUAUUUGGGAGGAGUGA